GCUCAUAAUACAAGCGUGUUUUCUUCGAACGUAACGGUUCUUCAUUUUUCUUGUCUUUUGUGGAGUUCCGCGGAAUUCACAUUUUGUGCAACAUCUCCGAAGUGAGAGCUGAAUUCCUGACGAAGGCCCUUUGUAGUACCCUCUGAUGAGAAGGGGUUUUUUAGAUGGGAGCCGUCACUUGGAGUUCACCUGCUCAGGCUGAACCAGGCCCAGAACUAGAUCCCAGCACCGACCCAAAAGUGUGCAAUGAUUCGGGUAUCGAAGAGUUAAACAAAGGAGAUGCAAAUGAACUCAAAACAGAUCAAAAAGACACGAAGGAGCAACACCCUAUUUCUAGCCAUCUACAUGAACGUGAAAAUUCGGAAGAGGCAGAUUUGGAAAGAGAAUAUGACAUCGUCAAAUUCUCACCAGAGCCGGAAAUACAACAAAAUCUUGAGCCUAUUAUAAACCACCCAACUGGAGGCAGGAUACCAGAAAAAAUCGAUAAAACUGAGGCAACUCGCAAAGUUGAAGAUGUUUCAAAUGGUGACACAUCCAAUACUCAAAAGACACGCAUUUUAAGCCUUUACGACUCAUUUAUUUCUAAUCCUAGCGAUGGAGCAAAUGCAAUAUUUACAACAGCAUUGACAUCUACGGUGGACAAAACCAAAUCAGAAACAAUAACGAACAAAUGUGAAAUACGCAAUAAUAAAGAACAAGAAACAUUCGUUGAGGGCUUCCACAGUGACGGAGAAUCUAGUCAACUCAGAGUCAGAGCAACUGAACCGAACGGAAUACAGCCUAUGACGAAAGAAAAUAACUGUGAUGUAACAUUAAAAAGUGUAAAUGACUCAGAUCAAGCCACUCCAGAAGAAUCAAAUUCUACGCACGAAUUCAAAUUUGAUGAGUUGAUGUCGAAGAUACUAACGGAAGUCGAGGUUGGGUUAGAGACAGAAGAAAAAGUUGACAAACAGUUAAAAAUCAGAGCAGUCGAACCAAGCGAUAUCCAACCUGAAACGGAAGAGAACAACUGUGACGCAACUUUAAAAAGUGCAAAUGAUUCAGAUCAAGUCAUCCCAGAAGAAUCAAAUUUUACGCAGGGUUUUAAAUUUGAUGAGUUGGUGUCGAAGAUACUAACGGAAGACGAUGUAGAGCUAGAGGUAGGCGGAGAAUUGAACAAUGUCACCGAAGAAGAGCCGGAGCGGGUAGAAGGAGAGGAGGUACAGAGCGAAGGGUCUAACGGAGACGAAGAGGAGGACGAGGAGACAAAAGAGAGGCGCGAGAGGAAGCGGAAGGAGAUGGAGGAAUUCAAACUGGCGUUGGCGGCGAAGAGGAGCGAGCGACAGAAGGCCAUAGCGAGCAUCGUCGAGGAGAUGCGAACCCUCCGGAAAACCAGCGAGGAGCUCGAGAGUGAACGGGAGGAAAAGAAACGUCUCGAGGCUCACGUCACCGCGCUCAAGGAUGUCGCCGCCAUCAGCAGACAGAUGCUCAAGAUCAGAGAAAUCCAGGUGACGGACCUCAAAUCCAAACUCGAAAGUCUUGAAACUACCAGCUUAAAUGAUUUCAACGAGCUUCGCGUGGAGUACGAAAAACAGAUGGAGAACAUCCGCUCUUUACGGCAGUUAUACGACGAGCGCGCCGCCGCCAUGUCCCUCGAACACCAACGCCAGAUGGAGCGAGAGCGGGCCAAAGUCGAGGUCCUCGAGCUGAAACUACGCGAUCAGGAAACCGCCUUCCGCGAGCACAACGAUGAAGUAGCAGAGCUUCGGAAAGCAGUCGAGCGAGCUGAAGCAGAGCGCGAGAAAGUCACCGGCGACUACAACGAGCUCAAAGAGCGCACAUCAUCCCUUUCAUGCGAGAACAAGGCGCUCUCCUCCCAGAUGACGCUGAUCAACAACCUCUUCUCACACAUGCUCACCGAGCCGGACUUAGAUUUGGACAAACUCACUUCUCUACUCAAAGAUAAUCACAACCUCAUCAACGACCUGACCAUCAAAGGCGACAUCAACGAAACUGCAGCCCUGCUCGUACACAUAACUCGCCAGGCCGAGGCGAACGAUGAAUCUCGCGUCGAGACAACGAAAGAGCGCGACAGCGUACAGCAAGAGAUAGCCGAGAACCUUCCCAAAGUCUGGCGAGUUCUGCUCGAGCUGCUGUCACAUUACUCAGCGCCGAUCGCGGUUCCCGAGGCCGACAAGACCAACGGAUGUUACAAGGAUAUCGAAACGCCGUACGGCACGAGGAGCGUGAUCAGCGUGAGCCAGACUUUCCUCAGACUCAAAGAUCUCAUCCUCGAGAAGAACAGUCUGGUGAAAGAGGUAGGACGAUUGAAGACGCUGAACACGACGCUGGAGACGAGGCUCGACAACCAGGAGAAGAGACUGUCUGUUGUUUCGAGCGAGCUGCACAAGACUUGGGGUGUGGUGAGCAAGCUCCGGAUGCAGCACAAGCAGCUGCACACGUCGGAGCAGAUCCUGCGGUACGAGCUCCAGCACAAGCGGCUCAUGCUCAACGAGUUGAAAGAAGAGCUCGAGUACUGUCGCGUCAAGUGGGAGGAGGCUCGGAAGAAGAACGAUCAGUCGGAGGAGGAUUGGCUGGAGCUGAGGAAGGAGUUCUCGGAGAGGAAGAUUCGUCAGACGAGCAACUCGGCUGAGAGCGGCUACGACGAGGAUGACAGUGGGCAGAUAGGGUCGUCGGAUAGCCCGUCUGAAGAUGCAGAUGAGAUUGAUCUUCCAGAAGACGAUUGUCCAAGCUCGACGUCUGUAUCUCCGGAGCCGAGUUUUAUUGGAAAUACAGGUGAGAAGGGUGAAUUGUCAAAGGCUACAGCCUUAGCGAAGGAUGAACAUUCACAAACAAUGACCAUCUCGUCCAUGCAGAGUCCCGACAGAAUCUGUGCCGAAAUACCAAAAGAUGGAGAACCAGUGGGGUCUCACCAAAGCCCGGGUUUACGGACAACCUCUCCGGAAGAUAGCAGCAUUGGAGAUGAAGUUGUCAUCAACGGAAGUGAGUCUCCAGAGAGUCAAACAAUGAAAGAGGAGAAGCAGGCCGUAAUGUGCGAAUCGCCAGAGCCAACAAUAAGCGUUGGUGAUAAUAUCAGUCUACAUGAUGUGAAUCAGAUAGAGGCAGAAAAAAAGGAAAAAGAAACUGAAACAAGUACGGACAAUGUUACACCUGAAAGGACUUCUGCAUGCAGUGAGGACGUGCCAAAUGUGGCAGAGGAGAAACACGUAUUGGAAAAUACGGGCGAGAAAAGGUUCGGAAAUUCUAAUGUUAGUUCAAGUAUUGAAGUCGAUCUGCUCACGCAAGAAGACAUGCGUAAUUUAAAGCACGAGGUGGUUGCUCAGAGAGAAGUAAAUGAUGGUCUGAUUUUAUCAGAAUCAGAACCGAGGCAUGUCACUGAUCCUACUAAUUUACAUAGCUCAGAAGAUAAUGAUUUACAGCAUAAUGAAUCAGAAGUCACCAGCCAACCUGAAUCUUGUGUGCCAAAUGAGACUUUUGGGUCAUGUGCACUACAGAACUCUGAAAAAGAGAUGGAAGGGAAUGAAGGUAAACAAUGCAAAGAAGCUGCUGAAAAUAGUGAUGGUUUAUUGGACACGCGUGCUCUUAGACUGAAGCGACUGGAAGAGCAAUGCACCUCUGUGCUGAGCAAGAUGUCCAAAACUUCUCAAAGAAGUGAUUCAAUGUCUUCUAGAUUGGAAGAACUGCAUAAGAAGCAUGGUUCUUCAGAGGUAGUGGAUUGUACAAAUACCUCUGAGGCAAGAACCAGUCCAUCGGCUGAAGAUUCCCAAACAAACUCCAAUUUUUCAGGGAAUGAAAGUUCAAUGACUUGUGAUGAAAUUUUAGAUGCUCGCGCUCUUAGACUUACGCGUUUAGAGGAGCAGUGCUCUUCUUUGUUGCACAAAAUGGUCAAGACUUCUGAAAGAGGUGAUUCAAUUUCCGACAAACUAGAUCAACUGCACGAGCAGUAUGGGUCUACGGAUGCAGAAGCAAGCGAAUAUGGCUUGGAACCGAAAAGUGAGCCAGAGACGAAGCAAGAAGCAAAACAGGAUAAAGCACCAGAGAAAGUGGAAGAAUGCGAAAGUAGUGAGGCUGUGCUAGACGCAAAAGCUUUUCGUUUGAAAAGACUGGAGGAACAAUGCUCUUCACUUCUGACUAAAAUGUCAAGGACAACUCAGGGAGGCGAUUCAAUUUCUGACCAACGAGAUCAACUUCACGAGCAGUAUGGACCUACGGAUGCAGAGGCAAGCGAAUGUGGCUUGGAAUCAAAAAUAGAGUCAGAUACAAACCAAGGAGCAAGUCUGGUUCCUGAAGCGGAUGAAGCACUAAAUACUGCGGAAGAAUGCCAAAGCGGUGAAACUGUGCUGGACGCAAGAGCUCUCCGUCUGAAAAGACUGGAAGAACAAUGCUCCUCUCUUUUGUCUAAAAUGUCGAGAACAUCUCAAAGAGGCGAUUCAAUUUCUGACAAGCUAGAUCAACUUCACGAGCAGUAUGGAUCUACAGAUGCAGAGUCGAGUGAAUGUCGUUUGGAACCAAAAAGUGAGUCAAAGGUAAACCAAGAACCAAUAAUUCCAACCUUAACAAACCCAGAAACAGGGAUGGUUCCUAAAUUAGAUGAAGAACAAAACAAAGAGGAAGAAUGCAAGGGCAGUGAAGCUGUGCUAGACGCAAGAGCUCUUCGUUUGAAAAGGCUGGAAGAACAAUGUUCCUCGCUUUUGACUAAAAUGUCAAGGACUUCGCAAAGAGGUGAUAGUAUAUCCGAAAAAUUAGAGGAACUUCACUCUCAGUAUGGGUCUACGGAGACAGUGGCAAGUAGCAGCGAUAGAGAGAGGGUAGGAAGUAGGCCUAGAUUGCAGCGAAUGAGGCGGCAAUCAACUUCAAGCUCGGAAGGGUCUACGGAAGUAAAGGAUAUCGACAAAACACAAGAAGUUCAGAGUAGUUCAGAUCCACCCCCAACUAAUGGAGGGAGCAGUGCUCCGAUGCAAGACAGUACGGGUACCAUUGAAGCUUCUGAGCGACUGGGAUAUGAUUCUGAGAACAAUCUAACUUUACAUAAUGAAACCUCUGCAUUUGAAACUGAAUCUAAAGGCUCUGAAAGAGAUGUAGAAUCAAAGUGUAGUUCGAUUACUGCGACCUCUCUAGACGCACCAGAUGACUCUAAGGAAAUUCCAGGAGACUUAAUUGCAGGAAUAAACGAAGAGGUUGAAGAAUCAUCUCUCUAUCUGAAAGAACAACUUUCUCCUGGUGAUCUUUCCGAUUCCAUAUCAGCGGUUGACUCGACAGACUUGCUUGUAGAAAACAAUGAGCCGACUCCUUCCCAAAGGAAAGAAACCACACAAGAAUACACUUCGCGGUCUGACGAGGUUUUUAAAAGCGACAUGGAAAGUCAAAAUGAGACAUUCAAAAAUACAAGUGACCGACUUGAAAACCGAUCUUUGAGGCUGACUAUGCUGGAAAAUCAAUCCCAAAAUUUGUUCAAGAGAUUGACAAUAACUUCCAAUAAGCGAGAGGCUCUGUCGAACAGGCUGGAGAGUUUGCAUGAGCACUACGGAUCCACAGAGAACAUUACUUCUUUGGAGAUGGUCUCAACUUCUGGCGGAAAUGAAGACAGAGUAAAAGCAGACGAUCCUGUAGAAACUAACUCCUCCGAAUCUUCUUUGGCUGAUUUAAAACGAACAGGAGAGGAACCGUCAGAUCCUUCAGUGGAAAUACCCUCGAAUAAUAAUGCAGGAUUCUCGACACCACCUCAUGAGGUUUCCUCUACAUCUUUGUCUCCAGAAAAAGGUCAAAAUUUAAACGGAAAAUGAGUCUCAAAUACCCUAAACAGCAGUGGCAUGGCGUAAAUUGCGAUGUAUCGAUUGUUAUGCCAUUUGAACCUAUGGU